UUCACUAGCUUCGGCAGUUGUGACACGAAUACAAAAAACGAAACUGAGUAGAGGUGUCUAUCUGAUCAUGAUUUUCUAAAAUUUAUACUCCUUCAUAGCUCAUUCGGUGCUCGCCACCUUUUCAAGUUCCACAGAAUUCUAGUUGUAAGGCUAAAAGAAGCUACGAACAUGGCGUUUUGGUUCCCAGCAACUCGGCAAGCAGUUUAUCUGACUCGCCUCUCUUCUCCUAAACUUGCUGCUGCUGCUGCUGCUGCUGCUGCUGCUCCUCCUCCUCUUUCUCUAAUCCAUCGGCGUGGUUUCGCCACCGGUGUCGAUCAUCAUGGUCCUUCAAAGGUGAACUUUUGGCAGGAUCCGCUGAGCCCAUCGAGAUGGAAGGCAGAGCAGUUUGUCAUUGUUUCUUUGGUUGGUUGGAGCGCACUGGUUUAUGGAGGCUACAAGUACUUCAUAGAGAAAGACGAGAAAGUUACGGAAUCGCCUAAGUGAGAUCAUGUAUGUCCUGAACAUUUUGGAAAAUAAGGCAGUCAUGUUGCUUGGCGUUAGCAGGAGCUAGUAUUCUACUCUUUUCGGUUUCUGGUUUUCCCCUCCCUCUCCGCUUGGGGAUUUGACAAUGUGUAUCCUGUAAUGUACAUAAUUUGCUAGAAUUGUAUAAGGUUUGUGUGUUGUCAAUAGAAUUUCUGGUGAAUGUUUGCCAAAGGUUUGUCAUCAAUGCCAAAAGAAAGCUCAAAGUAACAAGAGAUGAGCAAAGCUCAUCUUUUUGUACCACGAACUUCAUGAUUUUACAA